AUGCGGAGCGGCGCCCACCAGCAGUCGGUCAGGCUUCUCACUCAGCGACAGUUCGCGGUACAAGAUAACGCCGUCGAACAUGUCGAGAUCGGAGUGCGGAGCGACCUUACCGCUCCGGAGAUCUUAGCCAACCUCGCAGACGCUGCGGGCGAAGAGGGGUCGCGUACGUCACUCAAAAAGAGAGAAAAACAAGCUCUGAAACACGAGAUCUUCAUGCAACGAUUAGAACAGAGUCGGUCCCCAUACUCCAAGUCCCACGAACGCCGACUCAGGAGGAAGGCGCGCGAGCAGGUCGCUGGGGGUCUGAGCGAUAUCAAGGCGGCCUUGGCAGCCGUCGAAGAUGACUUCGCGGAAGCUGUCGCGGCACCGGCUGCAGAGAAUUUGCGGACCGCAUCUCACGACCACGAAGGCACACAAAGGCCGAAGAAGGCUAGGCCAAACCCUGGACAGAUAGGUGAGGGCAAGAAGGCUCCUCUUUCCAAGAAUCAGCGGAAGCGGGCCCUGCAGGUCGAGCGCAUGCGCAUCCCUAUGAUCCUCGCCACACCCGAAUUCGCCGCUAAUCCGUUCAGGACCAUCCGCACGCAUGCCGAAAAUACACUCCUCAAGCACGAGCCACCUACCGCAUGA